AUGGUACUCAAGACUCGUUCCAGUGCUAGAGCACUGUCAGGUACAAAGCAGAGCUCCGGAUCGCGAGCUGUACGGGGCAAGAAGUCGAAGGCCUUGGGAUUGCGCAACAGUCCAACUAAGAAACCAACUAGGAAAUCAAAUCGAUCUACCAGUAAUAAUUCCAAGGAUACAAGAUCUUCUCGUCUUGAGAAUCAUACGACUCAGGUAGAGAGUGAUAGUGAAGAUGACUUGCCGGACAAUGAGGACAUUUACAAGGCAUUGACAUCCAACACUGACGAAUCCAACACUGGCGAUUUGGACUCCGACAAUGAGGUUCUUGAAGCUCUUGCGAAGCGACCCACCAGAGCUCGCAGAGCUAAUAUGAAACGAGUCACCCGGGAUAAAUCUCAGCAAACCCCCCUUGCUAAUCCUCUCGACGAUCCUCACAAUAUAACUGCACGGCUUGAGGCACAGUUUGCCAACAGCCCUUCCAAUCCCAAUCCACUGGAGAAUUUGGAACUCGAUGAUGAAGUAGAAGAUAAUUCAGUCCUGCCAUCGAUUCAAAAUUAUAAAGAGCUAGUUAAGGAGUGGCCAAGAAAGCGUAUUACUACGGUUCAGAAUUCACAGAAGAAGGUGACCUCGGUUCCUCCACAUAUCCUAGUCGAAGCAAAGGCAAUCAAGAAACUUUAUAAACAUCAUAAGAGGAUGCUGGCGAUGAUGGGUAACAUUACACCUUAUACUUUAGAUAAAAGCUUGGGUGAGCUUGGAGGUACACGGUUUCCUGAUGCAUAUCGUCUUUGGUUGAAAUUUUCAGUGGAGGCUCGGAAACUAAAGAUGCCCCGUAGAGGCCAGGCUGGAAAUAUAUUAGCUAAUUGUAACCAUGAACCUAUUGAUUUGUUGCCUGAGGAUCGCGAGGAGCUCCAAGGGAUAUACGAUGGAGCUGUCUGUGCUGCGAAGGUUCGCCAAGUGUAUGCUAAGGCAUCGAGUGGUAUAACAGAAGGUCGAACAGUUCCCAAAUACAAUCAACUCUCUUUGAAGUGUGUUGAAAAGCUGCAUAAUCAGAUUGAAAACGAGGCGAAUCGCAUGGACUUUGGAUACUACUUUCUCGCAUCUAGUACCCAUCCUGCCACUGGAGGUGAUUCUGCGGAUCCAGGGUGGUGUAAGGAGUAUACGUCCAACGAAGAGUUGGCGGAUUAUGUGCGUAGUAAGAGCAAUUUCCCCACCAUAUUUGCGGCACAGACGCAAGGUAUCUCGGUCGACAAGGUGAUUGCUAAAAAAAUUGGCAAAGCGGAAAAGAUGAAAAUGAACCAGAAGCGUGUGGAUCCUGGUGACAAGGUGAAGAGUGAUCUAGCAGCAUGUUUGAAAUCAGCUUUAGGUUUUCCUCGUGGACCGGACCCAGUAUUGAAAUUAGGCUUUAACGCGAUGAACAGUUGCCGGUCACUUUGGUUGAAUGAUCUCCAGGCUGGCCUAUUUAGAUUUGAGAAGAUUCCUGAGGAUCAGGACGACUUGAUAGCUGAUGAUGAGGAGGAACGACAUAUUAGUGAUAAUCAGGGUAACUUGUUGGGGGAUAAUCAUGAGGAACCAUUGGAAAAUGAUGAACAACUUGGGCUUGGAAUCGAAGAGGAACCAGAAGAAUGGAAGGGGAUUGGUGAAGAUGAGACUGAGGGUGACUGA